UUUUAUUCCUUGACAAUUCAGCUGGCAUCUGGGCAGUUUGUUGUGUUUGUGGUUCGACUCUGUAUCCAAAAGCCUCGGGAUGAACCUGGAACAAUUUCCAGCAGCCUUGCAGGUCAAAAAUGAUCAACUGAUGCAUGAAAAUGAUCAUCUGCAGACUAUGGUGAGGUUGCUUCAGGAAAACAGUGAUCUGAAAGCCAGGCUGCAAGGCACCACUGACGACUCAGUGGCUGGUUUGACAGGAAUUAAACCCUCAGGCCUGUGGCAAAACAACUUUGAUGAGCGACAGUUCAAGAGAAAUCUGCAGCAGACCAGAUCCAAACCGGAGCACAGAACAUCAUCUCCAGUCAACUUCAAGUCUUUCCUUCAAAGUUCGGUGCUCAAAGAUACUGAAGAAGCAGCAGAGCUUCAGAAAAGCCAGGCUGAUGUUCCUCCUCCUGUCAUAGGUUCAACAAGGCUGUUUGGGGAGAUUGCCUAUCAGUUGGAUAGGAGGAUUCUGUCCUAUGUGUUCCAGGCUCAUCAAAGGUUGUAUGGGUUCACACUCCUUAAUAUACCAGAGAAGAUCAUUGAGGUGAGCACACACCCUCUGACAGGGAAGGUGGAUGAAGGCUAUCAGCUCCACCUCACUAAGAGGUAUACAGACCUCAUGGAGGAGCUCAGCCAAUUCGAGUACAAAGCAGCUCUCCACCCUCCUUUCUGUGAAUUUAUUAUCAAUACAUAUGGGAUCUUGAAGGAGAGGCCGAGUAAACACAGCAGCCAAGGGACUGAAUACAACAAUCCAGAUUUUUUGAUGAAGCUCAUAGAAAACAUCGCUCCAAGAAGACUGCAGAAAGACCUGUUGCUGGUGCUCUCUUGUCUCUGCUACAUGGCAGUUAAGGACAAGAAGCCCCUCCUUGCAUGGUAGUCAUCAACACAACCUUGGAGAACUUAAACCUUCCUGAAAUAAAUAAGAUGUGGGAAA